UCCCCGUCAAAAUUUAUCGUAGAGCCGUAGCGUUGAGCAUUAUUUUUGUGGAGAAGAGUAAAAUACUGCCGAUAGAACAUCUAGUACUCUCGCGCUGAGAGGGCGGGCUCAUUCCACUUUAAGCCACUAGGCACAGGUUGUAUUCGCCGGUAAGACUGAAGAUUCAAACGGACGGAUACAUCGUCAAACACAUGAGAGGAACAGGCACCCAAAGGGAAAUAUUGGGAACACUGGUAUGUGCGAGUGAUGAGAUGUCAUCUUUAGAGGACAUUUUUUCCAAUAACCAGUGCCCAACUGCUGUCUUUACCUCCCAAGGCACUGAUGUCACUCCAAAUAGUGACCGGGGUGUAUGUAAGAUUGUGAAUCAACAUGGUGUGGAGGGCGAAAAUCCGAUGAUUGGGGACAAAGUGUGUGUCCACUACACAGGCAGACUCCUUAAUGGGAAGAAGUUUGACUCCAGUUUUGACCGGAAGGAACCUUUUGUUUUCAAUGUUGGAAAAGGUCAGGUGAUCAAAGCAUUGGACAUUGGUGUGUGUUCAAUGCAGAAAGGAGAAGUUUGCUUGCUGCUCUGCAAGCCUGAAUAUGCUUAUGGUUCAUCUGGUAGCCCCCCAAAGGUCCCUCCUAAUGCCACUCUUGUGUUUGAGAUUGAGCUGUUGAGCUUCAGAGGAGAGGAUCUUACAGAGGAUGGCGGAAUCAUUAGGAGAAUAAAGGUCAAAGGUGAAGGCUAUAACAAUCCGAAUGAAGGGGCCACAGUCCAUGUACACUUGAAGGGUUGGCGUGGAGGUCGUUUAUUUGAGUCUCGCGAUGUAAUUUUUGUGGUGGGAGAAUCAGAGGAUGAGGGUGUUCCUUUAGGAGUGGACAGGGCCAUGGAGAAAAUGCGAAAGGGGGAAUGCUGUUUAUUAUACCUAAAACCCAAGUACGGUUAUGGCAAAGAGGGUAAGGCAGAAUAUGAGAUCGGAUCAAAUGCAGAACUGCUGUAUGAGGUGACCCUUAAAGAUUUUGAAAAGGCCAAAGAAUCCUGGGAAAUGGACCUUAAAGAGAAAAUUGAUUGUGCCGUUUUUGUCAAACAAAAAGGGACACAGUAUUUCAAGGCUGGACUGUACAACCAUGCUGUAAUUCAGUACCAGCGGAUUGUGAUCUGGUUAGAGAUGGAGUGUGGGGCAGGAAUGGAGCAGCUGCAAGCCAUCCAGGCACUCCUUUUAGUGGCCCAUCUGAAUCUGGCCCUGUGCUACCUGCGCUUGCGCGAGUACUCUCAGGCUGUGGAGAACUGCAAUAAGGUGAUGGAGCUGGACCCAGAGAAUGAGAAAGCUCUGUAUCGGCGUGGUGAAGCACGUCUGUUACGGAAUGAGUUCAGCCUGGCCCUUGGAGACUUCAGGCAGGUUCUGCAAGUCAACUCCUUCAACCGUGCUGCCCGCAGCCAGAUCGCCAUCUGUAAGUGCAAGAUUCGGGAGCACCAUGAGCGUGAUAAGAAGAUUUAUGCAAAUAUGUUCCAGAGGUUUGCCGAACACGAUGCCAAGGUGGGCAAAUUAAAAAGGAAGAAAGACAGUGGACUUUCAGAUCAGAAUAAGCAGAGCCUAAAGAGUCCUCGUCUAAGUCAGGAUGGCUCCUAAAGCUCAGGAUGCUUCUUUGUGGCCCCAAGUAAGAAGGUCAGGCUGUGGGAUGGCAGGUCCUUCCACGUUUGCACCAUGAGAGAGGCAGUGGGUAGGGGCACAGAUGAGCCCCUAUAAACCUUGACCUCUUCAUCUCUUGGACUGAAAACAGAUGAUGGGAAAGAUUCUAAUAAAGGUUUUUAGAGGAACUGAGGAACUGCAUACCUAAAUGGCAUUCCUACAAAAACAAACAAACAAAACCAAAAUGCACAAUUCUAUGACCACCUGUAAACCUUGACGGUGAAAACCUUUGCUCUAAGAAAGGCAUUCACCAGCUGCAUUAUGGUUUGAUAUUAUACUGCAUUAUAAACUUGAAUACAACCUAGUACCUUACCAUGUAAUGUACAGUAUUCAAUGUUAUUACAUUGACUGUGUGCAUAAUCAGAUUAGAAGUUUAAAUUUGCACUGGUGAGGUGUGUACCAGAGACUUGUUGUUCUUCUUUUGUAUUAUAUUUGUACAAGUGUGUAUGACAUUUAGAUGCAAGUGACAAUAGUAGAUAGCUGGACUUAGAAGUGCAAUCCUCCUGCUGGGAAAACCUAUUUUGCGACUCUCCCUGCUAUAUCCCGUGAGGUUGAGUCGCUGCAGGCUAACACACACAUUUGAUACUUUUGCAUGGUUCUUUACUGCAUUCUGGGAACUUUGCAUAUAUGGGAAUAAAAUUCAAAAUAUAAGUAGGUUAGAUGUAACCGGUGUUGGGAGUAAUAUGAUAAAACUAACACGCGUUACGUAAUCAGUUUUUUUUUUUUUUUGAGGAAUGAGUAAAGUAAAACAUUUUUUUUAUUUUAGACCAUAAUAUCGGAGUUACUUUUUAAAUAAGGUAACGCAUUGCUUUAACGCAUUGCUCUACUGUCCCUGUAUUGUGAGAAAUCAAGUGUGGAAACUUCAGGGAGGAGACACAGUACAUGAUUGGCAUUGUAUUACUAUUGUGUGAGACCAGAGACUAUUUAGCAGAAAGAGAAGUGUCACUUCUAUUUAAAUGAAUGGGAGAAAUUGGAACGCCCAAAUAAGAAGCUCUAGCAUCCAACAUCAAUGGGUGUAGAAAUGAAUUCCCGCCUUGCAGGGAAAAGAGUCAAUCACCUUUUAGAUACAGACGUCGUCGGUCAAGCAACUCGCUAUUGCGCAUGCGUUUUAUUUAUUUAUUUAUGUAUUUUUUUAAAUAGCGUGAUACGAGGUCACCAACAUUCGGUUGGAUGAAACGCGAUUAAUAACGUGUGUUAAUACACACUGCAUUAAAAAAAAAUCAGUUAACGCGUUUGGGCAGAGGGAUUAUAAGACUAGUCUUCCACUAGACACGACAUGAUACACAGGGUGAAAUACUCGCUCAAUUCACGGGCUAAUGCAGCCGAACUGCUCCGUGUUACAGCUCCCCUUAACUGGGAGAAUGGGACGAGAAAAGCUGAGUCUGUAUCAGCAACGUUCUACAGGAAUUGUGUACGCAGAAAAAAAUGGCUUAAUUUCUAAAAAAUAUUUAAUAUUUUUUUAUAAUAAACAAGUAAUUUGACUCAUAAAACAAACCGUUAUUAUGAUAUUUUGGUAGCUUUAAAAACAAUUCUAUUCAAGUUGUAUCAACAUGCGCCUUUGAAGUUGUGGCGUCAGUACGCACCGUGGAUCACCUCAAAACAAACGUGCACUGAGAUGACAAGUGAAAAAUAUUCAUCAGACUUAUUCCUUGAACAUGUUAGGCUGGCAUUACCACUGAAUUUUAUCCUGACUUUUGAAAAACAUCUUAAGUUGACAGAUAUGAUGCAGGUUCAAGUGUUGGACUUUGCUGCUUUAGGUAAGACAGUGUAUUCUUCAUUAUUCAUAUUGCUGUCAUGUUGAUGGAAAAACAAAUCAUGCAUAUUCUUGUUAUUGAUUCUUUAUUUUAAAUAUGAUGUGAAGACCGUUUCUUCACUUUCUAAAUAUCUGUUUGAUUGUUUUGACAUGUGUUGUACAGUAGCUAGCAUGACCUAUAGUGUCUCUUGUAUGCAAUGCAUGGCUUAUUUGUAUGGAAUGCAUAGCAGAAGAGAAAGUGGCUGGUGAGAAAAGAGUACCGCAAAAUUAACGCUUUACAUUCUAUAAAAUUUUUUUUUUUAAUUAAGUUUCUUUAAGGAGUAAAGCAAUAUUCUAACGAGUUACUUUUAAAAGUAACAGUACCCAACACUGAAUGUAACCUGCGACCCGGUUGGUAUCCUUGAAGUCCAUUGGUUGCAUUUUGGAGCUCAGUUCUCACUCAGUUUGAAGCAUCAAGGAUAAAAUGCUUUUAGACAAAUCUUUUGAAUAAUAGGAAUAUUUCAAAAUAAAUUUACUCUUUUAACCCACUUGUUUAUUUGAUCAAAUACUAACUUGUGUGGUUUGCAUUUUUUUUUUUUUUUUUUUUUUACGUUGUUCCCUGUUUCAUAGUUGAAAUAACGAUAAUAAAUGGUUUGCUAACAAUGUUUGUGUUUACAGUUUGAUGCAUUACAGCAGGCCUGUCAAUAAAUAUUGAAAAAGAAAACCUAAUGUUUAAACUAUUUUUGUACACUUUUACUGUGAACCAAGUAAUUCAUUUACAGUAUGAAAAUGUUUGUAGAAGAGGCAAGUUGUAAUAGAAUAUAUGCAUAUAUAGUUAUAAAAAUAUAUAAGAAAUUGUAAUUUUGUGCAAAAAUGUUUUUACAUUUUUUAAAUAAGCACAAACAAAUGUUUUCCCAGCUACACAGAGAGUGUUUCAAAGUACUGUUUAAUUUUGUAAAUAAAUGCCACCCAAACUUUUAAUAGAGAGAAAGAUUAAAACGGAAUAAGAGCAAAUUAUCCUGUUGAUCUUUCCAAAUCAUCUUCAGGCAGAGAACAACCAUUUUCAGUCAUUUUAAUUGUUGAUUCGAGAACAUCAUUUAUUGAAAUCUUAUGGCACAAUAUCAAACAUAAAUUAUAUUAAAUGUUCUACAGUUAUUCCCUAAAAAUAUACAUUUUACAAAAAAGAUAUGCUGUUUAUUGAAAGCAGAUUUAAGUAGCAAAAUAUGAUUCUGUUUGGACAUUUAAUAUGUACUGUUGAGAAAAUAUAUUAAUAUUUGUAACAUACUAACACCAAAAUAUUCCUAAACCACAAGCAUCGCCAGAGACUAUAUAGCCUGAGAUGGAGCAUGUGUAUUAAAAUGGAUGGAACACUCAAUAUGACAGAUGUAGAACAGAAAGUCCUGCCUUACGGGUAAAAGCGCCAAAUAAAAUGUUAGAUAAAGACAUCACAUGUCAGUCAACUUAAGCCGAACCAGUCUGGAAAAAUAGCAUUUUUAGUGUUAUCUGAGCUAAAGCAGCACAAUUUAUGAUACCAUUAUUGUCAGAUUUUACUGCAGAUUUGAAAUGUGUCAUUUGAUUGUAAUUUUGACCAACCAUUUUGGAGUCUUUCUUCAUUCAAGUAGAUAGGAGCUGUACUUUUAUGCUGCUUGUAUCCAUAGAAAAUAGCUGCCAGAGAGCAUUCCCAAGAUGGCUGCUGCAUGAACAAACUUGAAAGGGACUUUGGCAUCCCCCAUAGGGACAGCAGGACAGGAGAGCAUGAUAAAUCCAUAAAAACAAACAUAUUCUUCAAAAUAAAAAAAAUUCCAAUAUACUGUUAUGCUCCUGGUUUAAGUUUUGGACUUUUCAUUUAAUGAACCAAACAAGCCUUGCAAUUCUGUCACUAGGGAAAGCGAGCCACUCUGGUUAAACCAUUACAAGCAGUUUGAAGUCUCUCUAACUAAAAAUAACACAUUAUCUAAGGUUUUCUAAUCAUAUACUGUAAUGUGAAUGGUCCCUUCCCAUAUUAUUGUAAUGUUUUACAGUAGCAGCUAUGGUCAUUGCCAUCUUCUUCAGAAGGACUGAUAUCUUGCAACUGCUUAUAAUAACUGCAACAGUGACAUGACGUUAAGGAUGAAACUGAAGAUUCCUUCAUAUACAGUUCUACUAAAUGGAAGUUGCGCUCAAUCUAAAAUUAGUGCAAUAGGCAUGGUAACUCGUUUCCAGUUUAGAUUGCCUGAUAUCUGAGAAAGUAACAUUCAAAAACCAAAAUACUGUUUAUGAUCUUCUACUAUCCAUGUUGCCUUCUUGAAAUCUCACGUGAUUGUGUAUCUUUAGAGGCAUUAACAAUAUCUACAAUUGUCUCAAUUACAGAUAAAGGAUGUGUUUUUAAAAACUUCCCUAUCAGUGACAGGACAUGUUGUACUUUCUGAUGUCACAUUAUUUUCAUGUUUAAUAAAGUAUAUUUUAUCCCCA